CCCCAGCUGCUCCUAAUAACAACAUUAGAAGAUUAGCUGCAACUUCUCUUUACUAUUCUAACCUUAUUGAUCUUAUAAUUUAUUCGUGUUUUCUUUCAACUUUUUUUAAAGGAUCAUAUCCGUCUUUUAUAAACUAGAGGCGUAGGGAGGGGGGGGAAUGCGGCACGGUUUUAUAUUUAUAUAUUUUAAAUCCCUUGCUAAAAUGCAGCAUGCAAACUAAAAAACAAACAUUUGAACGGAAUAUCUUGCAAAUCUGUAUUUUACUGAAAGUAAGAAAUCCCUGGCAGCGGUGAUCAGAUGCGGUUAUAUUAUUACAGAGGCAGGCAGGCAUGCAUGUGUUUCUGUGUUGUUGCAGAUCACACACAAACACAUGCACCCACUAUUUUUGCUGUAGCAGCAGCUUUGCAGGCGGGACUGUGUUAGGAGGGUGAACUUUGUUCCUGUUUCAUGUUAGUGACGGUAAAUGAAGAUCAGCUCCAGGGGAUCAUCUUGCUGGUGCUGCUUCUUCUCUGGUGUUUCCGUGUUGUGGAGGGGCUGGGCUGGGAGGACGCAGACAGGCUGCAGCUUGCUACAUUAGACGUUAUUUACAUACACAAAUAGCUAUGUUCAGAGAGUCAGAGUGUCUCCUCUUGUGAGUUUGGUGGUGGUGGGUUUUGCAAGCUGUCCGAAGAAUCUUCUUAGCUGGACACCCCCCGAGGGUGAUGAGUGUGGGAAAGAGGUCUAAGGCUGGGAAUGAGUUUUAAUACAAAAAGCAGCGCUUUGCUGAGGUGCUGGGGAUCUCGGUUCUGGAGGAGGCGGCGGCAGCAGCUGUGUCCUCUGGAAGGUCCCUUCUGGUCCUGCUUUGGUGGUGCUCGGCCCCGGCCCAUAUUGGACAUGUCCUACUCCCGUCACUUUCUGGAUUUCCAGGGCUCGUCUAUCCCCAGCUCCAUGAAGAAGCUGGUGGUGACUAAGCUGAGCUCAAACUUCCGAGAGGCUGUUGCCCUGCGGCAGGACGCGCCUGUACCACUCCCGGGAGAUGGAGAUCUUCUUGUCAGAAACAGAUUUAUCGGCAUUAAUGCAUCUGAUAUAAACUACUCAGCUGGCCGGUAUGACCCUUCAGUUAAACCCCCGUUUGAUGUAGGUUUUGAAGGUAUUGGUGAUGUGGUAGCCUUAGGCCUCAGUGCUAGUGCCAGAUACACAGUAGGCCAAGCUGUGGCCUAUAUGACACCUGGUUCUUUUGCUGAAUAUACAGUUGUGCCUGCCAAACAAGCAGUUCUUCUACCUUCUGUGAAACCUGAGUUUCUUACUCUAAUGCUAAGUGGCACUACAGCAUACAUCAGUCUGAAGGAGCUUGGACAAUUGUCUGAAGGCAAGAAGGUUUUAGUGACUGCAGCAUCGGGAGGAACAGGCCAGUUUGCUGUGCAGCUUUCAAAGAAGGCAAAGUGCCAUGUAAUUGGAACUUGCUCCAGUGAUGAAAAGGCUGGUUUUCUGAAAUCCAUUGGCUGUGAUCAUCCCAUCAACUACAAAACUGAAAAUGUUGGUGCUGUUAUUAAAAGGGACUACCCAGAAGGUAUGGAUGUAGUGUAUGAAUCUGUUGGUGGAAAGAUGUUUGACUUGGCUGUCAACUCCUUGGCUACCAAAGGGCGCCUGAUAGUUAUUGGGUUUAUCUCUGGCUAUCAAAAUCCUACUGGCCUUCAGCCUGUUAAAGCAGAAAUGUUGCCAGCAAAACUGCUGAAGAAAUCUGCCAGCAUCCAGGGUUUCUUCCUGAACCAUUAUCUUUCUGAAUAUAAAAUGGCUAUGGAGCACUUACUCACAAUGUAUGAAAGUGGAGAACUGGUUUGUGAGGUGGACCUCGGAGACAUGUCUCCAGAGGGCAAGUUCACUGGCUUGGAGUCUGUAUUCCGUGCUGUAGAUUAUAUGUACAUGGGAAAAAACAUUGGAAAAAUUGUAGUUGAAUUACCUAACUCUGUCAACAGUAAGCUGUAAAAACAGAACAAUGAUAUAAAUCAAGAGAGAGAAAAUAGGCACUUUAUGCCUCAGAAUUACUAGAAUCCAUUUUUU